AGGUGUAGUGACAAAAUGCCUUUGAUCGUAUAUUUUCUGCUUAUGAUCAGAGCUGGCUGUUGUACUGAAGAAUUUAAGUUUGAAGUAAAAACGGUAACUGUUGGACAAAAUGUGACCCUAAGUUGUCCACACCAGACCUCUGCUCUCUACAGAGAAACUUUGUAUUGGAUCCGAUUUGUUUCUGGAAAUUGGCCUGAAUUUCUUGGAGCAACAUUUAACUUCAUGGACGACGAUGUUUCCAAGAUUUCUCACAUUCAGACGAAACAAGAACAGGGAAAAUUUCUUCUAUAUGUUAAUAAAGCUAAGAGAAAUGACAAUGGACUUUACUACUGUAUUAAAAUCAGACAACUUGAUUUCAUAUUUAUUAAUGGUAACUUUCUAAAAGUUGAAGGACUAGAAUCAGAUAUCACUGAUAUCAUUCAGAUGCCUCCAUCUAGCCUAGUUUAUCCAGAAACUGGUGAGACUCUGCAGUGUUCAGUUCUCUCAGACUCUCAGAGGAAAUCAUGUCCAGCAGAUAACAGGGUGUACUGGUUCAAAGCUGGAUCCGAUCAUUCUCAUCCCAGUUUACUUUAUGUACAAGAAAACAGUGGAGAAGAGUGUGAAAGCAAUCCCGAAGCUCCCGCCACACAGAAAUGUUUUUACAACUUCUCUGAGACCUCUGACGCCGGGACUUAUCACUGUGCUGUGGCUGCAUGUGGACAGAUAUUAUUUGGAAAUGAAGAUAAGAGGCAUUAUGAAGUUGUCUUUACAGAAAUCACCACUUGUUCAUCGGUGGUCAACGUUGUCUUUGGAUUUGGCUUGGCCAUCAGCCUAAUUGUUUUAGCUGUCCUUAUUUAUGCCAUAAAGGAAAGCAAUAACAAUGUGUCAGCAGCCCAGCAAGCAAAACAAGUGCUAUGCAAAAACUGGCAAGGCAAAUAUUUACUCUGCCGUCAUCUUCACAGUAAUGAAUGACAAUAAUGGAAAAAAGAAGGCAAACGUGGAGAAGAAAAAGAUCUAUGCUGCUGUUAUGGAAUAAAGGAUUUGUAAAAUUGCAAUUUUAGUUUGAAAGCUAUAUGCAGCCAGUCAAAUGUUUUUCCAUCAUUUUCAUUAAAUGUAUCAGCUUUU